GCAGGCGGUGGGCGGGGCCGGGAGGGGCCGGGAGCCGGUAAAAGCCGCGCAGGAUGGAGCUCCUCACGGAAUCGGUGGCUAUGGAGCGUCUGUCCUUCCCGCUGGCAUUGGGCCUGGGCCUGCUCACAUUCUGCCUUCUGACGCUGUCCCCGGACGUCCGCGCCGAGCUGCGGAGCCGCAGGACCGGAGAACGCCAGUACCUGUCUCCCGAUGACCCGAGGGUGCAGAAGGCGGCGCAGGCAGCUGUGGCCAGCUACAAUAUGGACAGCAACAGCCUCUAUUACUUCCGAGACACCAAAGUCAUCGAUGCCAAGUAUCAGCUGGUGGCGGGCCUCAAGUACUACCUGCUUGUGGAGAUGCAGAGCACAGAGUGCAGAAAGACCAGAGUCUCUGGAGACCACAUGGACCUCACCACCUGCCCCCUGGCAGUAGGUGGGCAGGAGGAGAAGCUGCGCUGCAACUUUGAGCUCCUUGAAAUCCCCUGGAGGAACACCACUCAGCUUCUAAAGCAUGACUGCGUGCAGAUGUAGCCGGCCCCGGGGUGCCAGCAGCGGGACCCCAAGAACAAGCAUGGUGAUGGAGGCAGCUCAGGGCCAUGGGCCAUGUCUGCAGCAAUAAAUCUGUAGCUCUGCUUCUUGCA